CGUGAGAGGAUCGAGCGAAAAUGUUCAUCAGUGUCUGUUUUGGCUUUCUCUGUGACGUACGCUUCGUAUCGUAUAUAGUGUAAGCGAAAAAAUCUGCGGCCAUAAGCCCGUGGACUCGGCGAAUAGUGUUGAAUGUGCAGUGAGGGCUAAAAUUUGUGCCGGGUGUUGAGAAAUUCGUGUGGUGGUUGCUAGAGGCGUGUAUGAGGCACCUGGUGCUGCUAUCCCAAUGGGAUUGGAUGUGAAAACUUGCUGUAGAUUGUGUCUGAAGGAUGCCGCCAGUGAACAGGCGACCCACAUCGAUUUGCAGCAGCAGCAAGAAGUGGGCGAGCUUGUUAAGAAUCUGUACGGUUUCAGCAUCAAAUAUUCCGACCGAGGCUCCAACUUGGUUUGUGUGCCGUGCUACAAAGAUGCCACCAAACUGAAGAAGCAUAUUGAUGUGCAUCGGGCCAAAACCAACCUGGUAUCGCUGAACCAAGCGAUUCUCAACUCGCAGGCUGUGGCGUUCCCCGAGGAGGAUGAGCCGGAAUCUGUAGAAAAUGGACCAAGUUAUGAAACCAGAGACGGGUACCUACCGCCCGCCUCUACCCCAUCGGAUAUGUUGAUGGUGGUGGAGGAUUGCAUGCGCAGUAAGCGCUUUCGUGACAUGUUGCAAGACCCCUUUGAACUGGCUCACAUGCGUGUAUCGGGACCUAUCUACCAGGAAGAUACCGACAGCUUCCUGGAUAUCUGGCAUCCUGUACAAAUGUUCUGCACUAAAUGCUGCACUCCGUUCGAUGAUCCGCUUGCGAUGGAUGCACACGAAAAGUGCAGAUUCAAAUGUCUAUACUGCAAGCGAACCUACGCGUUCCGUGAAAGUUACUUGGUGCAUACUUGCCCGAAAAGAGAUCGUUGCAGGAAUGCACAGAAAAGAAAAUAUGUGGACGUAAUUUUGGGACCUCCUGCGAAACGUGCUAAAGUAGUCGAAGAUCCACAACUGGCUGCUGUAGUUGAACGUGAAAAACCUAAAGAAAAGCCAGCGCUACAAGCGAUAGCUGUGCCAAGCCCAGAGAAGAAUAGUGUGCAAGUUAUAACCCUGCCGGACUUGCUACCAGCGCCCGCUGUGGUGCCUCACAUUGAAGGGGAAGCUAAUCUGGAUGCAGAGUUGUCCAAUCUACUGGAGCGUUGGUAUGGCCAAAACGAGGACAUUGAUGAACUGAGUCAUACGAAUCUGGGUGCAAUCCAGAUCACUAAUGACAAUGGUGUUAUUACUAACUCAGAAUUCUAUGGUCGUGUCAUUGACACGGCUUUUACGACCACUUCUGAAGUUCAAAGACCAGCUAUUUCAGUUAAACCAAUGAGCCAAUUGAUUGAUGCUACUGCUGAGCCAAUCUCGUCCAUCAUGCAAUUGCCUUCCACGUCUGACCCGCCCGUUGAGAUAAUAGAAAUCGAUGACGACGACGAGGUAGAAGCUGGCCAGGCAGGUGCCCUUACUGCCAGUUGCCCACAAUUGAACAAACCAGAUCAGCCCGCACUUAGCGAGUCCGAUAUUUUAAACAUAGUAAAACAUUUCCGGGGCAUCGAUGAAAACGAAUCAUAUCUUAUUAAGGCAAAAAUAAACGGAGCGCAGAAAUUGAUCUGUAUAAGUAAAAGAAAAGGUGAAGGCAACGGGCAACCUACUAACACAGCUACAAUUGUAAACAAUAACUCAGCGCUUCAGUCUGUUAGCCGGAGGCCAGAACAGAGACCGGUGGUGAUAGCACCAACCAUAAGACCUCAACCUACGAUGGUUAGUCCUUCCGCACCAGCAGUAUCUUCAGCGCCUGCGAAAUCAACGCUUGUAGUGAAAAACGUGGCGGACAUUAAUGGAAUGCAGAAUCCAGUGCAGACUCCAAAUACCACUGUCCCACAGUUAAAAAUAGCGCAUGUACAAUCUUUGGUACAGCAGCCACAAGCGACUCAAAGCAACCAGCAACUUCAUAGAAUGUCCAACGGUAAACAAGUAGCCGUGAAGCAAUCUGUCAAUCGUCAAACAGCAUCUGGUGGCAACCCAAAGAUAGUGACAAUUCCCAAAAGAGUGCCGGCGUCGAUAAGAUCUGCUGCCAGCAAUCAACAAUCCACUAGCAGCGGAGGUGAUCCUCGAAGGAUCAUUGUGGGCAGUAAUUCCCUUAAAUUACUUAACACAGCCAAACCACUGAAACCUAACACUCCUAAAUCGCUGAUGACUGGGGCCAUUGCUUCCAGUUCCAGCACGACGACUUCGACACAGCAACGUAUCAUUGUGCAGAGAAAACAGGUUCAAACCAUAAUUCAAUCGUCGGUCAGUCGCACAUCUAGUGGCGCUGUCAGUAGCGUUCAAAGCGUCGCCGACAGUGAUGCUGCUGCCACUAAUUCACUCCUACGCUCACAACUGCUUCAACGCCCGGCUAGAAUCUAUCCAGGAUCGGCAGGUGCAGCGUCGCAUGGUGACGGUAUGACCGUCGCUCAGCCGAAGAUAGUGGCGACCGGGGGAAAGGUGAUGGCCGUCAGCCCCUCUGGCAGGCACUUUCAGCUGAACAGCACGACCAUUACACGGCUGAAUUAAUCCUCCGUGAGUAUAGUAAUUUAGACGUUUAAGUAAAAUGACAGAGUUGUUCUAAACAGGUAUUUAACCGUUACAUUCUGCGGCAUAUUAUUGGAUUUAGUGUUAUAAGGCGUAUCGAACGAGAAAUUUUUGCUUUCUAAUAAAGUAUUAGAAUUUAUAA